GAGAGAGAGAGAGAGAGAGAGAGAGAGAGAGCAACUGUGUGACAGAGGGAACGAGAACGAGGCAGGCUGCUUAGGGGAGUGAGAGAGCCAAGGACGAAAUAAGGAACACAUUUUACAAGUGCAGGAAGAGGGAGGAUCGCAGACGAGGGACUCCUUCUCUACUGGGCACCUGGGACACAGUCACUGUGCUUCUCUUCACGCUCGUCUUCUACCUGGAUCCCAGUGGAUUGGCUAACCAACCGGUGGAUUCUUUAUUUUUAAUAGACGCUCGUGCCACAUCAUUCAAAAACUGGGACCUUUCCUCCACGUUAUCUACAUCCCCCCCUCUGGCUCGACCGCUACAGACUGAGAUUGCUUCCUUGCAUCUGUGCUCGGCUCUCUGUGUUGUGAGUCUGCUCCGUGCACAAAGUGCAUCUGUCGGCAAUCCGGUGCUGAGGAUAUCUCCACUCUGUCAACCAGGACGGAACGCAGCCACCGUCGGAUCAGACUACAGAGGCGAGCGAGAGAGAGAGACCGUGUGUGUAUGUAAGAGAGGGACACACAGAGAGAGAGCGAGAGAGAGAGAGAGAGCGCGAGAGAGAGAGGGGCAGUGAGAGAGAGUCCGAUCCCCAGCGUGUCUGAGACAGAGGCAGAUUAAAGCCCGGGCGAAGGACUGGAGUGAAACAGCUCUCAUAGAGAAGUGAACCUAAACGUCCUCUCCCGUUUUCCUCGCCAUCCCUUUCCUCCUCCUCUCCUCCUCUUCUUCCUUCUCCCAUUUUCCAACAUUCAGAGGACUGACAGUCGCUACUGCCACCUGCGCCUCUUCACAUCUCCUCUUUUCCUCCUCUUCCUCUACCUCACCCUUAUAGUACGUUACCGACCACUGGCGCUUGUGGUUCUAGCACUUGUGGAAAUAUUUCCAUUGAUCCCGGCAGUGAGAGAGCGAAAGACUGAGUGAGCAUCCGCCCUGAGGCUCUGGAACGGUGAGCUUCCCCAUCAGCAGCAGACAUUCUCCCCAUCUGCUGUCCGGCGCGCGAAACCCCCGUCUUCUCCCUGGAGGACCGGUUAGCGACAGAGCGGUGCGGACGGCAAAGACAGGAAUCGCACAGCCUCCCCCGCUGCCUCUAUCCCAUUGCUAGCUACUUGGCAGCUUGCGACCCCCGUGUCACCAUUCCCUGCCUCAGUGCUAAGGAUUCCAGCUACAUGGGCAAGCGAUUGGAGCAGCAGCCAAUGUACCCUCAGUACACCUACUACUACCCCCACUAUCUCCAGACCAAGCAGUCCUAUGCUCCACCCCCUCAUCCCAUGGCUCCUCCCAGCCCAAGCACCAACAGCUGCAGCCAGGGAGGGGCGGAGCAGCUGAGUAAGACCAACCUGUAUAUCCGAGGCCUGCCACCUGGGACCACCGACCAGGACCUCAUCAAACUCUGCCAACCGUAUGGAAAAAUAGUGUCAACCAAGGCCAUCCUGGAUAAAAACACCAACCAGUGCAAAGGCUAUGGCUUUGUGGAUUUUGACAGCCCAGCUGCAGCACAGAAGGCUGUGUCGUCUCUCAAAGCCACCGGGGUGCAGGCCCAAAUGGCCAAGCAACAGGAGCAGGACCCCACCAACCUGUACAUCUCCAACCUGCCGGUGUCGAUGGAUGAGCAGGAGCUGGAGAACAUGCUGAAGCCCCUGGGUCAUGUCAUCUCCACGAGGAUACUGAGGGAUGCCAACGGGGUCAGCAGAGGAGUCGGCUUCGCCAGGAUGGAGUCCACAGAGAAAUGUGAAGUAGUGAUACAGCAUUUCAAUGGCAAAUACCUGAAAACCCCGCCAGGCAUUCCAGCUCCCACGGAGCCUUUGCUGUGCAAAUUUGCCGACGGAGGGCAGAAGAAACGCCAGAGCCAGAGCAAGUACCCUCAGAACGGGAGGCCGUGGCACAGAGAAGGCGAGACUGGCAUGGCGUUAACGUAUGAUCCCGCUGCAAUGCAGAAUGGGUUCUACUCCUCGCCUUACAGCAUCGCCACCAACCGCAUGAUUGCACAGACCUCCAUCACGCCCUUCAUCGCUGCUUCCCCCGUUUCCACAUAUCAGGUCCAGAGUACGUCAUGGAUGCCUCAUCAACAAUAUGUUAUGCAACCUACAGGUGCAGUGAUCACGCCAGCCAUGGACCACACUAUGUCCAUGCAGCCUGCCAGCAUGAUGGGCCCUCUCGCCCAGCAGAUGAACCAUCUGUCCCUGGGCACUACAGGAAGUUACAUGACUGCUGCAGCUGCCGCGGCGCCUAUGCAAGGGACCUACAUUCCCCAGUACACUCCUGUGCCUCCAACAGCCGUCCCUGUCGAAGGAGUGGUGACGGACGCCUCCCCCCAGACAGUGGCUCCCUCGUCACAGGAGGUGGCUGGCCAGCAGCAGCAGAUCCAGGUGGACAGUGCUGCCGACCAUGUUCCUGCUUACUCAUACCAGUCCAAAUAACGGCCUGAGCGAAUGUUCCUGUGACAGCGUUGCCUUGAGACAGAAGGUGGCUGCACUGUGUAUGUGAGGAAAAGAGAAAAGAAAGAGAUUGCUUCCAGAUUGCCCAGGCACCAAAAAAGAGACACUUUUUUCAGUUCCUACCUGGCCUACGAGAAAAAAAAAGGGGGGGAAAGGAGAGAAGGAGGCAAGGAGAGAAGGAGGCGAAGAGUGCUGAGGAAGGAGAUGGGAAAGUUGCUGGGCACAGUGCAAAAAAAGUGAAAUUGUUUAGUCUGGAAACCUGCCGGAAGGGCUGGGCUGAAGCUUGAAAGGUUUCUCAAAGGAAAUUCUCAACCAAUACAAAAAAAAGGAUAGAAAAAAAAAAAAAAAAAAGGUUGAGUUCGCAGGUAGGCAAUGAAAUUUAUUUUGUAAUUAGAAAACGGGAGUCAAGUUUGAAAUACACACAGAGAUUGUCUUCCUCAGAUAUUAAGCUACAAUUUCUUUUCACUCUUUUUUAUGUUCUAGUGUUACAUUUUACUUUUCUAGAUAUAUUCGAAAACAAAGUGUUUUUUUUUUCUUUCUUGAAUCUUCAUGGCCUUAAUUUGAAGGGCAUCAGAAACUUUUUACAGAGUUUAAGUCUGACGUCUGGUUAGGAAUAAAAAAAAUAAGCAAACAAAAUCAGUCUCUUGGACCACUUGGAGGGUACAAGACACUGGAGGAGUUGUUCUAAAGAGGAAAAAAGAAUCUAUCACAUAAGCUGUACAGAUUUAAUAGAGAAGAGCUUUUUUUCUUUUCUUCAUUAGAAGAAAACUUUGAUAAUUAUUAUGUCAGAGGUAACUAAGUGUCAGAAGAAAACAAAAUGUCUGUUGGGGAAAAAGACUUGUGGGGGGAGGGGGGGCUUUGAAGAGAUUUUUCACAAUGAGGAAAAAAUGAAAACAUAAGAAAACAUGCUGCAUUGUGGAUACAGCACUGUUGCAAAUGCUGAACUUGUUUUUAUUAUCAUUAUUAUUAUUUUACAUGGCAAAGUUGCUGUCAAUGACAUUAGUGCUUUUUAUCUGCCACAUUUUACCUUUUUUAUGAGCUUAAAGAUGUUUUUAGCCCGCUUUGCUUGUCACACUGUAAAAAGGAGGAGAAAAUAUGAAAAAAAUUAUAAAAUAAAAAAU